UGGCUUGAAAGUGAAAUAUUGCGAGAUCGUUCUUGGUGGAAAUUUACUUAUUUCCAAUUCAGGUGCUCUACCUAGGAAACGGAAAUGAAAGACAUAGCAUUCCUAGAAGGCAUUUUAGCCGCUGUUACAUCUCAAGAUACCCAAAGAAGGCUGAAAGCGGCAGAAGACUUCUCGAAUUAUUUAAGUGUUCCUUCUAAUGGAAUUGAGUUCAUUGGCUUCGACAAACUGCUCGAUGGUCUCGUUGGUUGGGUAAACAGCAGCAAUUUCAAGGUAAGAAAUACGUUAAAGAAAUUGUGUCUAUGAAAUCUGUUUUGCUCUUGUGCAUAAUAGAUCGACAUGAGAUACAACGAGUUUCGCAAGCCUGGAUUCAGACAUUUGUAUAUUUUUUUUACACCGAUCGCUCUUCGGUUGUGUCAGUAUGUAUAUUUAACUUCUUUGUGUCCUACGUGCGCAGUAAAAUUUAGCCUCGUGGCGGCAGUCUAUUUUCCUGGCAACUCAGGGGUUUAUUAAUUAAGACUGUGGGCAUCAUUGCAAAUUACUAAAAUCGUUCUUUAAUUUCAGCUUUGUUAUAUUGGCACCCUUUGAUCAGCCUCCUGCCAAUGGUUGCCGUUUACUGAUUUAUUACAUUUCUCUCGUCCCUUUUACUCAAAAUUGUCAUACAAAUAAAUGAUUACUUAUAUUGUAGAUAAGCCUGACUGGACUGGAUCUCCUUCAUCAGAUUGUCGAUCGUCUCGGAGCAAAUUUUCGAAGCCAUCUCUUGCCAGGUUAGGAUUAUGUAUUAUUGCGACAAAUCGCAUCCACAAAGGGUAAUAUCUAAUUUGAUUUUAAUAUUUUACAACGCGAUUACAUGCUUCUCUGUCGGUUUUGUUGUCUGGAAAUGGGAUCUAGGCUCUUGUCAGUGUGUAAACUGUCAAGUAAUCAAAAAUAUAACCAAAAUCGGGAGAAUAUUUAGAUUAGGAAGGUUAUAAAAUGUUGUAUUCAUUGUUUACACAAACCAAGUUUUGGGUCACUGAAGAAUAGAGUCCCUCGAGAAUUGGAGUUAUUUACGAACAAACGCGACAAAUUAUUAUUUGGCCAGCGCUGCAUUUUGAGUAGUUUUCAAUUCAGAAGCAAGCCGUUUGUGAAGAAAUCUAAAAAUUCAGAUUAACAUAAAGAGACAUAUCAUAGGGUCAUUAAAUAUAAAUAUUUUUUCGGGUGGUUAGAACUUUCGAAGACAAGCAAAACACCUGGUAGUGUAUUGUUCGAGUCUCGUUUGAGAUUGCUGUAUUUUGCGCCAAGCUGUCGUAACUUCUGAAAGGCAAUUUGUAGUAAACAGCAAUCAAAUGCUGUGCCAAGUGAAAGUAUUACUUCUCAGUUCAUAGACUGUUUAUUCAAUUCCUGCUGGGAGUUGUUUACUGACGCAGUGACAAUUUGGUUAACUUCAAAUUCACAAUAGUCGGUUUAUCACGUUAAAAUUAAAUAAAAUUCCUUUUUCACUUGAAUGUUGUUACAGUGUUACAACAUUGUUUAUGUUUAUUAUUCAACCCAAAAUCACAUGCCUAUUAUCUCAAAGAUAACUUUCCAUUUAUUUAAUUUUUUCUUUCUCAAUCUUGGUUUUGUCAACAAAAUUGCAAAUGCCUUUCUUUUUCUCCUAAAUUAAAUUGUCCUUAUGCAAUCUUUCUUAUUGCCCUGUUAUGUGAAGUUGGGAUAUGUGUGUUUUAUGCAUGAAUGUUAUGUUUACUCAAGCGUUGUAUAAGUGUAUUUAUUGCAUGGAUGGUCUGAUAAGUGUCCUCAACUUAGUCAAAGCAAUCACAUGUUAAUUUAGGGAAAAUUAGUGUGCUUGAUUAAUGGAUUGAUUAAUAGGCACAUUGUAACAAUAUGAAAGUAUUAUUUGGAAUUUAGUUUCAAUCUGAACAACCAAUUUUUUAAAAUUUUUUUUUAUAAGUUUUUGUUCCUAUGGAUGCUACUCUGUCUGGUUAAAUAUAUUUUGUAAUUUGGUUUGAAUAGACAAUUUUUGGUUUUUGCUUUGUUAGAAGUUAGGUUUUGGUUUUUAAGAUUUUGGUUCGCCAAGGUGAGAAAUUUUUACAUCAAGGCAUGUUUUUUUUUUUGCUUUUAAAUAUCAUUGUACAAUAGAACUUUAGCUUGUCUUCAAACCUAAACUAACCCAAGCUUGAUUUUUCACAAUCAUACUUACAAAAUUUUUGGUGAAAUAAUCUCAUUUGACCUGAAAAUUGAAAUAAAAAAAAAAAUGAUCCUCACAGGUGAUUUAAGCAAUUAUGGGAAAGAAGCUGUGAGUACAUUUUGAAAAGUUUAAACAGUAGCAAAUUCUUAAUUUGAGAGUAACAUUAGAUUUUUGCUGCAUUUAUCUGCAAGUUUUAUGAAUUAAGACCCACAAUCUUCAUGCUGUUGCUGGUUUUUUCAUCUUUUAAGAUGUCAUAAAAUGUUUUAUUUCAGCCUAUGCCACUCUAUCUAGAGUUUCAGUUUGUUAUUGUAUUUUAAAUCAUGGAGAGCUGUAUUAUUUAAGGGCAUAACUCUUCAGUUUAAUCGUUUGAUAAUGGGAUUAUCAGUGAUUCUGUUAUAAACAAUCGUUCUUGAAUUACAUGAAAAGAAAUGUUGAAGACGUCAUUUGACCUUAAGCCAAUUUGCCUUGAAUUGAUAUCAAAUUCAAUUUAAAAUAUUUUAAUCUGUCUGUUCCUCUUGAAAAAAAUUUGAUAUGAGGUGUGCACUCUCUUCUAAAAAAUGGUGCAUUUUUUUUUAGAAUUUGAUUUCUUGGUUUGUAUUUAGAGAUAAAAAUGCUAUAACUGUGUGUGAAAAUGUAUUUGGUGUAAGUAGCAGGAACUAAACUUUGUUUUUGUCAUAAUUCCUUUCUGAUCAGAAGGUUUUUUGAUGAUUUUUCAACAAUACUUACAGUUAGAUCAAGAAAUUUAAGUAAAAAUGUACUUACUAUUUGAUUUUCCUUUAGUAUGUGUUGCUGUUCAAACAUUUAUCUGCCAGUAUCUCACUCUGAAGCAGUUCAUUUUGUAAAACACUGAUCAAAAACAAUGAAGAUCUGGAUGAAUAUUUUAAUAUAUAUGUUUUGUGCUAACUGUUACUGGAAACAGGAAGAGGAUGGAAAAACAAUCCUGAAAAAAAUUAGAGAACUGUAUGCAAAAGAAAAGGGGGCAACAAGGGCUUAGUCCGUUAUUUUGACAUAACAAAAAUCUAAUUUAACAUUGUAUUGAAAUUUUUAAAAACUUUGAAGUCUUUAGAAUAUAUACUUUACUUUUGAAGUUCAGCACAGAAAUUGGCUGAUAUCAUACUGUGUGUUCUCUUAAGACAGGAUUAAUAACAUGCUUAAAUCUGACUUAAGUUGAUAAAACCUUUAAAUGAAGCUGUCUUAUUUGCAGGAGAUAUUUAACUGUGCAUUUGAGUGAAAGGAAAUGGAAAAGUCAAUUUUCAUGCUGUGAUUAGCCUACAAAUUUGUAAUUUGCAUAAUAAUGUUUCAUGUUUCAACCCCUUGGAAGAUAUCAGGCUCAGAUAAAAAGAGCCAGUUGGAUCAGUUUCUUUUUGCACUUAACUGCUUGUAAAUUGUAUAAUCAAAAGUGAAACAUUCUAUGGUAAGUUAUUGUAUUAAAUCUACAGUAUUUCAGAUUGUUUUUCAGAAUUGAUGAUAUUCAGAGUCAAUGACAGAUGUUAUAGUACAUUCUGAUUAUCAUUUUAAAAACUUAUUCAAAUAAAUGUUCACCUCUUGACUUCAAAAAGAAUUUCUUCAGAAUGACACUUUUACCGCAGUUUUAAACUGUAGGGAUUUUAUCCAUGUGCUGAUUCUUGUGCUCUCCUUUUAUUAAGAGAUAAGAUGUAUUUGUGAAGCUUGAUUUUAAAAUAUGUUUUCAGUCUGUGUGUUUGAAGUUUGAUUUGAUAUUUAGUUUGGUGGGUAUUAAGAUCUUUCGGCAAAUCAUUCUCCCUUCCUUACUUACUGUAAUUUUUGUCCAGAACCGGGGGAAUCUUGGGAUGAAUAUUAUUUUUUUAAAUUUUGAAAAAAUAUUUUAGGGCGUUUCCUAAUUUUGCAGCUGUAGUAGUUUUAUUUUGAGAUAAGAUAAAGUUUUUAUCCUCCACUCAGUUCUUUCGUUCCACUUUAUUCUGAUUUCUUCUUUCCUUGUUUAGAAGUGUGUAUAUAAAAGAGUUUGUACACUGUGUUCUAGUGGUUACAAUUUAUCUGUCUUAACUCUUUCUUGUCCAAUUUUGGCUAUGUGGAAAAAUAAGAUGAACAAAUCUUUAUAACCUUGACACAAUCUGUUUUCCUAUCAUAUUGUAUUGAGACAUUUUGGAUUAAAAUUAAAUCGGAUUUAGCUAGCCCUGGAAUUUUGUGUCACUGAGUGUAACAUGUUAUCAGAAGACUCAAGUUAUAUUGAAAUAAUACACUCCUUUCUUCUAGGCAAAUGAAUUAUUGAUCACAUCUGAGCACUUUAUUUGCUGUUGUAAAAUGUCUUGAACAAAUUUGGAUAAUAUGAAAUAAAAAUAGUUGUGAAGUGAAGUGCAAACUUCAAGGUCCAAGAGGCAAUAUUGUGAUGUUUAGUUGACUUCUGGCUGUGCAGACAAAUUCCUUUAAAAACAUUCACUGUCCACAUAAGCAAGUUUCUCUAUUGGCUAUGGGAUUCUAAACCUUUUUACUGAUUAUGGAUUUGUACUUUUUCCCAUUUCAGUUGUUCCUGCUAUUGUGGAGAGGUUAGGUGACAGCAAGCAACAGGUGUGGACAUUUCUCUCUUUAUUGUGUAUUGUUAAUCUCUGAUUGUGCAUUUCAAAAUCUACUGAUGGAAUGGUUAGAGCUCUUGUGUGUUUGAAUCUGGAUCAAUUGACCCAAGCCUCUUGGCUGGGGUUGUUCUUUCUUGCACUUGCACCAGACAUUUUUUCUCUAACACAGCCUUUUCUCAUAUAAAAGUACCACAGUUGACUAGCAUUGGCAGAAUGGCCCAGCUUUCCUUUUCUCCUUGAGUCCCAGGAUCUGAUUUUCAACUCUCUCUCUUUGUUAGUAUAUAUUUUGUGGCAAAUUACUCAAGAAAAUUUGGUGUUAAAUCAAGAUGUCAUCCUUUAACAUUUAAACCCUUGAGAGUGAUUAGUAACUAAUUCUCUGGUCAGUAUCACCCCUAAACAAACACAUUGAGGUUAUAGGGAUAAAGGAAAUGAUCGCCAACUGAAGAAGCUCUUGAUUUUUAUUCUUGAGAGAAAAAAUCUGAUGUUUUAAUUGCUGAUGAGUUUCUAUCAACCUAUCAUUGUAUUGAAUAGUUGGCAUAUUAGACAUGUCAUUUGAUGAAAGGGUUUAGGAAUUUCCUGCUAUGGAAGCCAGUUUAAGUUUUUGUGAUACAGAAUAUUUACAGCUUAAUCAGUUGGUCCUAAGGACUGGUAUUACUGCUUCAUGUAGUUCCAGUGUUAGAUCUCUACAGGUUUCUCAGAUUACUGAGUAAUUUAUUGCCUGGCAACACUUCUGUGAUGAUGCAGGAACUAACAUACUCACUAUAUAUGUUAUUGUCAAGGGUGCUGUGGUUCCAAUGUUAGACCACCUCAGGUUACCCAGGUUACUUGGUAAUCUAUUGCCUGGCAACACUUCUGUGAUGACGUGGGAAUUUACGUACUUACUUAAGAAGUUACAGUCAAGGGUGCUGUAUUGAUGCAAGGGAUUGAAUACAUUCCUUACGAUAUUAAUUUUGUUAUUGUUUAUAUAUCUUGUGUUCCAUUUUCUCUCAGGUGCGAGAUUCUGCCCAAGAACUACUGCAGAAGUUUAUGUACCCAGUGUCUACACCUCAGGUAAGUUCAUCAAAAUCUUUUCCUUUUUCUGGAGCCCAGUAUACAUCAAGUCUACUUUUGUCUUUCUUUUGGUAAAUUGUAACUCAAGAUUAUUAUAUUUUUACAUCUGUUGUAGCAUGUUCUUGAACAACUCAUCCCAGCAUUUGGUCACAAGGCUUGGCGAGUGAGAGAAGAAGUGUUGCAUUGUCUGAUAACUACCUUAAAUGCGUGAGUUGAUCAAAUUCUUUGUAAAUAUGGGCACAAGCUUCUCCUUUUCUUACAGUUUGUAUGGUUGUUGUUCUGUAAAUGUUAAAUGUAAUGUUUUUCUUAUUUGUUUCCCUGUUAUUCAAUCAUUUACCUGUCGAGUAAAAGAAUAUUUAACAAAGUCAGAGAUGAGGAGAAAAACCAUAGCGAACAGAUUCUCGGAGCAAUUUCUUGAAAUGAAAUAAUGAGAUAUGUCUUUUGAACUUGUUUUUUGCUCAUUUGCUUUGGUUAGGUUUGGCCCAUCAUCUCUCACAGUGUCAAAAUUUGUUCCGCAUAUCUGCAAGCUUCUUGGUGAUCCUAACAGCCAGGUAAGAGAAGUGAAAUGUAGCUAGGUACAGUACUGCUUAAAAAUUGAGUUAACAGUCAAACUAUCAAGAAUUGAGGAUUAAGAAUCAAGAAUUGAAGAUGGAGACACUCAUAGAACUCUAAGGGGAUCUUGAUCUGCAGUUUCAUGGAAAUAGUUGAAUUCUUGCCUGCAAGACAAGAGCAAUGGAUAAAGUGCUUGACGCAUAGCUUCUCUUUUUGUUAUAAUAAACAUGCAGGUUGCUUGCAGAUAAUGUAAAUAUUUUUAUAUCACAUGAAACUGGAGAGCUAGGGACAGUUUUAUCACUUGUUCAUUUGAUAAUGAUGCUUGGCUAGGCUGUGUCAUGUUCCUCUGAAGACAUAAGUUUUCCUCCAGGUUCGUGACAGUGCCAUUAACAGUUUGGUUGAAAUUUACCGACAUGUUGGUGAGAAAGUGAGAGUUGACCUGAGCAAAAAAGGAAUUCCAUCAUCAAGGUUAGUAGUGCUUGCAUUUUUAGUUGCACAAAGGUGUUUGACUGGUCAAUGUCAUUGGCUGGGACAUAACAUGAUGUUCAACAAGAAAUGUCCAACAACCCCUCACUUGUUUUUUCUGAUGUCAAUAAAAGCUGUUAGAAAGUUGAAACCACUGGCUAGUCUGCCAACUUCAGCUGGUUACUUUGAUCUCAUUUUCCAAUAAAUGAUGAUAAACAAUUAAACAGUAAUUGAAAUAAUUUGAAAGAAAUCUGUACUGCAGCAAUUUACUUGUCUUAAUUGGAAUUAAAAGCACAAUUUCAUAGCGACAAUUGGGAUGUGUGCUUAGAUUCCAUGUUAAGAAUUUUCUCAAAGGUUCAUGCAAACUUUGUAGAAUGAUUGGGAAAUUUUCACUGGAUAGUUCCCAGUCUUCCUUUGAUCUGAGAAAAUAACAUGACAGCCAUGUUAGCUUGCCUGCCAACUAUUUCUGAUUUGCCUGCUACUUUCAAACUUAUCAUCAGCCCUGGAUAUGAUGUUAUCACUGCUUUUACUUGUUCAAUGGUCCUUUUCCCUGAGGUGGUAAAAUUUCACAACAAUUUUUGGCUGCUAAACUUACAUUCAAGCAAUUUACUACUUGAAACAUUGUUUAUAUUAAUUUUAUAGAGAACUACUAACAGUAUUUUACAACUUUUGCUAAGAUGUUUUAAACUGUUUCUCAAAAUGACCAAUUUAAACCACAGAAAACUCUGCACCUCAAUGUGUAUCCUUAAUUUUAAAGAUUUAAAUAUUUUUUUCAUCAUUCACAGGUUAUCUAUUAUUUAUGCAAAAUUUGAUGAAGUGGCUAGAUCAGGGAAUAUGGUUGUCAGUGAACCUAAUGGUAGGACAUGUGAAUAUUUCUUCUGUCUUUAUAUAUUAGCUGCAUGCUCAAAAAUAGAGCAAUAGAAUGCCUGUAUUGUAUUGAUAUAUUGGUUCAUGUUUCACGUAGCCCUUUGCCUCCCAUGAGUGACCAAGACAGAAUUUCUCCUUACAAUAUCAAUACAAUAUCAAGGAGACCAGUAUUGGGAUUAUUUAGGAAAAUAUCAAUAAAGGGAUAAGUAGUUGAUUCAACACCAAAUUCUCUGAAUUCACAUCAAAGUAAUUGUAUGGCAGACAGUAAGGAGAAUUACUAAUAAGAUCUUGGGAGUGAAAGGGUUAGAGUUGAACACAACAAAAUUCUCUGUAGUAUUGUGUUACUUAACAAUUGGUUCAUACAUCAGCAUGCGUUCAUCAAGAUAUGAAGCAUGCGGGAAGUUUGGAGAGCACGAAAGAUGCGUAAGAGUUGCUCAAGGCAUAGCCGAGAGCAGCCCUAGCUUCUUGAGUGCUCUCCAAACUUCCCAAGUGCUUCAUAUCUCGACAAACGCACAGCUGACGCAUGAGCCAAUUGUUUUAUAACAUUUUCAACCCGAUGGAAAAUUUUUUUUCUUGAGGGAUUUGUUUGCUGACAUCAUGAGCAUGCACAAUAGAAAUAUGAAGCACGCUUGCGCAAUUGAAAUUUGAUUAGACAAAUUUACUAGCUAUGUUAUAAAUUUUGUUAUGUUGCCUUGGGAGAAUUUGCACAAGAGAUUAGGAAUAUGUGAAUUAAUAUUUUCUUUAUAGACCCUUUUCACUUUUUAAUGGCCUCUAAUGGUUUAAGAGGAUCUGAAUGUUAUUUGUUUUUCAAAUAUAUUGGCUUUAUUUUGUUCCUGUUGGAAAUUAGAUUAAUUAAGCAUUUAUUGCCUUUAAAAGAUUCACUGAUGUGAUAGAAUAUUACAAGACUGAUAUUCUUGAAAAAAUCACUUUAAUUUGCUCUAUCAACCUAUGAACAGCUGGCUAUGCCUUAAUUUGGGAAAAACAAAGACAAAAAGGAAAUUUUACUUUGAGUGACCUUUGAAUGUUCAUGAAUUUAAGUUAAUAUGUGCAGUGUAUGUAUUUGGAGGAUUUAAAAAGAUUCUGGAGAAUUACUUUAACUUUCUAUCAACAUGUAUUAUUCUGAGUCAAUACUGAAUCUUUUUUUUUUAAACUCUUGUAUUGUGGACACAUGGGUGUAUUGAUGUGGGAUUUCAAAUGUUAAUAUUACACCUCAUUCAUUACUAAUGGUACCUUGGAAUGAGGUUGGUUUGUUGAAUAACAGUGGCUGGUAGUAUUUGAAUUUCCAUUUUCAAAACUGCAUUAACUCUUUAUGCCUUAACAUCAGAAUGGAUAUUCUCCAUACUGUUCUCCAUAGAUUUUCAAAGAGGCUGAAAAGGAGAAUUUGUUUAACAAUCAAGAGCUGCUUUAGUUGUUGAUCAUCUUCUCUAUUCUCAUGACUUGCAUGUUUGAUUCAGGGAAGAUAUUGAAGGGAGAAGUUAAUUGCUAGUCACUCUUAAGGGCUAAAGGGUUAACUGCUCAAAUUUUACUCCAAGUUCUUUUCUAGUAGCAAGAGGGAGUGUGAAUUGGAUACUUAGAAAAGAGGAAAGCAAUGAAAUUUGUCAAGUUGAGUCUGAUACAGCUUUAGGGGCAUUUUUGAGGUUGCUCUGAUGGCAACCAUGUGAAUUUGUUGUGAAUGUUACUUAUUAUAAAUUGCAUUUUUUGCAUUCCAACUUUUAAUUAUGAAAACAAUGUAUAACUUGAUAUAUUUAAUCCUCGAGUUACUGUCUUUUGUGGAUAAUACUUAUCUAAGUAACUUUGUUAAUACUUUUGGUGUGACUUAUGUGAUUUCAGUUUCUUUAGCUUGACACGUUUGAAAAGAAUGUUGACAUUUAGCAUAAAUUGCAUUUGUUCUUGAUCACAUUCCAGUAAUGCUUGGGUGAAAGAGAGUUGCUGUUUUCAUUCUUUCUCUCCUCUGUUUACAUCACUAAUCUAAAGCUUUGGAUAGUUCUAUAUUUAGAUCAGCAUGUAAAAGGUUUUAUUUUCACAAAGACUUUAUCUUCGUGCAUGGCUCUUAAGUAUCUUCAACAUAAUACUGGAUCUUUUGUUUGCUCUUUGUCUUUCUCUAUUAUACUUGCUCAACGUUGUGUAAACUGCAUGAUUAAGUUAAGCAUUUUUUUACUGAAGUCAUGCAAUCAAAAACACUGUGCACGAAGAUACCAGUAAUUAGACGGUCACAUAUCUGAUUGAAAAAGCAUGGAAAGAACAUUUUUGUGGUUAAAGCUUGUUUCUGAUCUUCUUAUUAUUCAGGUCAAAAAUAGAAUAAUUUGUCACAGCUGAUGAUUUUAUGUUGAGGCUUUGGGAGCCCAUUUCAUUAUACACAGCACAUACCUGACAACUCCAUUUGUUACUAAGGAUUCUGAACCAUUUUAAGUAAUUUUAAAUGAUUUCUUUACAAUUCUUCAUUGGAAUUUACAUAAGCUCUUAAAAUAAAAUGAAUAUUUUCCCUUGUUUUGAUCAAUAAGUUAUAACCUCUGACAGUGCUCUCAUAAAAUAUUAAACAGUGAUGUGCUGCGAUUGGCUACUGUCGCUUUUAAAUUCAUUUUCAGUUAGAUGUAAGGUAGGCUCACAUUUCACUUAUUGGUUGUAAACUACGUUUAUCCCAGAAUAUUACUUCACCUGGGUAAUUAUUGUUUUUAAGAAACUGUCCACUCAAGAAUGCCUUUAGGGAACAGUGUUCCAGUAUAGAACAACAUCCACAAUUGGCUGACAAGAGGUUGAAUUUAGAAGUGUAAUUAAUAUGCUGUUCCAGCAGACAUUGUGAAAACCAACAUGGCUUCUUCUACAUUUGUCAAACAAGAAUAGCUGUUAUCUGGGAAUUAUGGCAUAAGAGUUUGUUUAUCUGGAUCAAAUGUUUCAAAAGCUGGUCUGGUGUUUCAAGGGGAGGCUGUGGCAUUGAUUAGACAGUAGAAUUUAACCAGAAAGAGGCAUGAAGGAUUGAAUGUUCUUGUGAAUGUCUGCCUCAGAGUAAACUGCUAUGGUGGAUGAUCUUUUGAGUUCUGAUGGCAUUUCUAAAGAAUAUUUGGUGAUACUGAAGCAAAUUGAAGAUUACUGUAGCAGAGGGCCUGAGAUAGACUUGGAUUUUCAAAGGAACAGAAAUGGUAAUUUUUUAAAAUUUGAAUCAAAUUAAUUUGAAGCACAGCUAAUGGCUGAUACAAAGGCACACUUUCACAUGCAUGAUCAGCUUUUUACAGAUGACAUUUGAUUUCAUCUGACAGACAGAGUGAGUUUAUUUUCGUUUUCUAAUCUCCUGUGUCUCACCACAGAAUGGGAAGUAUUCUCUGACAGGUAACAAUUGCUACACAAUUUAAUUUUACUUGCUCAGUAAAUUCUUAAAUCAAUGUUUGUGCCUAUGCAUGCAUAUAGAUGGCUCUAAAAUGGUAAUUUCAGUUUUACAUUUGGGAAACAAUUUAGCUGUUUCCUUAGGCAUUUAAGUUUUGCUCUUAAAAAAUAUAUCUUCAUUUUAUAAUUUUGCACUGCUAUAUUUUGCUGUAGGUUUGAGGUUUAGUUUAGAAUAUUUUAGCAAGUAUGUGAACCUUUUAAGGCAAUGUAAACAAAAAAGCAGUAAAAAUGCAAAUUUCAGACAGUUGGCAAGGAAUAUUAUUAGGUUCUGUGGAUUAAAAUUAUAAAAAUUUCAUCCUGCAUGUCUCAGUAGUUACCUGUUGGUUUAGAUAUUGUAUUGCUUCUUAAAUGUAUACAAUUUUAAGGCUCAAGACAUGGAAAAUUUUUUGUUGAACAGUGAGUAAGAUAAAUCCCUUGAAACGCAGCUGUUUACCAUGUUCUCAAGUAAUUUACCAGAUUGUUGUCUUGUGGUUUGUCAAAUAUUUUAUCUGCCGAGGUGAUGUAUGAUGUGUGUACAUGUUUUGAUAUCUCUACAUAAGAUUUACAAGAAGUACAUUUAUUUUGGAGCCAUUCAAUUGUUAAUCUUUGCUUAAAAUCCCACUGUGAGUAAUUGUUCUACUGUCUUGAAUCAAUUUGCCAUGCUGUGAUGUGUCACAAGUCAAUUUUUCAGAAAAGUUACUUCAUAAGGUUGAUUUUCUUCAUCUACAAAAAAUGAACACUCCAAAUUCAACUUCAUUUUCAGGGUACUCUUAUUAUCGAUGACAAUUUCUGCCCACUCAUCUUCAUGUUAUGACAUGUCCUUGUCCUGGAAAUCGCAUGAUAUAUAUUUGCUUUUUGAUAAGUGCUGUUGGGUCACAAUCAGCUGUUUUGGUUUGGAAUUUUUUUCCUUAGCUGUAACAAACUAGCAGCCAUAUCAUUUAAGAAAUAGUCUUACAAAUUUAAAAGCUGGUCAGAGAGGAACUGUUGUUGUGCAUCAUAUCAGUCAUUUAGAUCUAUUUUGGGUAAAUUCAAAUGUAUGGGUGCAAGACAGCUUCAGCUGAUUUGAAUAUCAACUUCAAGGCUGAAAUAAGCUGCAGAACAACAAGUUCCUUUCAAUUGUGAUGUUUUUGUUUUCAGCACUCAACUAGAAUGAACUAGAAUAAGCAAAAGAUAAUUUUAUGAGUAUUUGGUGUGAUGAUAUGUGGAAAGGUCAUCUUGAUAAGAUCUAUUGUGAAACUCCAUGUGCCUUGGGCUCUUGCCAUUUAGAUCUUUUAUUUAAAAAAAGUUAUUAUAAUUCAAUAACUCAAUUCUUUCUUUUACUUGCUGUUAAACUGUUUCAAUUAUAGUUAUUUUUUGUUGAACAACACUCUCAAACUUUUUAGCAUUAGAAACUCUAACUGAAAAUGUUAUCAGAUUUUUUUCAAGUCAUUGAUCAAGACAAGUAGGUCAUGUAACUCAACACUAUGAAGUUAAUCAUGUCUCAGACGUGUGCUGACACACUUUGUCAUGCAAUGCAUGGGAAUUGUAAUUCUUCAAGGAUUACAAACCGUGAGAGUAUCAUGUACAAUAACAAUCAUAGAAAACUGGUAGAAAAUUGAUACUUAAUUUUAAGGACCUGAAUCGUAUCUGCCAUGUAGGUCACGUUCAUUGGGAAAUCUUGCCAAAAAUGAAUACCUUUAUUUGAAGGGAGAGCUAAUGUUGUUGUGCCAACUUUUAUCAUAAAUGUUGUCUGAAGAUCUGUUAGAAGUGUUAUGUGUAAAUCUUAGGAUUGAAAAUAUAUAUAGUUAAGAGAUAACAGCUCAGUGGAAAAGCAAGAUUUAGGGCUCAACUUGUGAUGGGGGGGGGAGGGUGGGGAUUUCAAUUUCUUCUUUGUCUCAAAUUCUUGGGGGGAAAAAGAGCCACCAUUUUAAGGAUUUUUUCGUUUGGGAAUAACAAAUUACACUUCAUGUGUAAAGAAACAAUUUUGAGAAUGAUUUUUUGUUUUUUCUUACUGUGGAAAUAAACUGGUAUUUGUAUUGUUAGGAAAACAUUCAAAGCCAGAUAAAAUGGUGAGCGAUGAGAACUUGACCAGAUCCUCUUUACCAAAUGUUAUGAAUAUUAAAGUUUAAAAAAAUUAAUCAGUUAAUUUUUUUUAAAGAAGUGUAUUGAACAUUGAUUCCAUAAGUUUAUUUCAUGCUCAUUUUUCUUAUUCCUGUUUCAUUUCAGGAUCCUCAAGAGUAAAUGGAGAGGUGGAGACAGAUGGAGCAAAGGUGAGGGAAAUGAUGACCAGUGAAUUAGCCUUGAAAAGCGAAGACUGUAGAUGACAGAACAGGUGUAAUUUUUUUUAAACUCCCAAGAUCUGAUUGUUAAUUCUCCCCUGAAGCUGCUGUAUGUUUCCUUGUAAGUUAGUUACAUGAGUUUAGUGUUAGAUCAAGAAUAAAAAUUCUACCAGAUAAGUGUGAAUAUUCUCCUUACCUGUUUGCUGGGUACUGUAUGAAUUUGAUAGGGUGAAUUUUAAGUAAGUAGAUGACUUCUUUACAUAGCUGACCUCUUUUAAAGUCAAAUGAUUUUAUUUAAUUUGUUUUUAGUAAUUUCAUUGAGUUUUCAAACCAUUGAUUGGUAAACUUAUAGCUCACACAGAGAACAGUUGCACAGGCCAUGCUUUUGACACAUGAACUUUCCUUUCUUAAUGUUUGAUAGUUUAUUUUACAGCUGAUGUUAUCAGAAAUAAGUAAUUAUUACAUCACCAUUAUAUUUAUACUUGGUUUUUAUUUUUCAUUUAUAACUUAAUCAAAUUUUUACUUUCUGACUAAUGUGCCUGAGGUACAACACCAACCUUUUCUGAGACAGAUAAAAAGAUAUGGAAAGAUAUUGCAAUUUUUUUUUUGAAAUGUAGUUUGUAGCCAGGUGCAAAGAAAGGUCUAGAAAAAUUAGAAAUGAUAUUUGCAUGAUGGAUUUGGAGACGGUAUGUCUGGAAACGUCUAAACAAACCAUUAAACUGAAUAAUAAUUAUUCUCAGAGUGGAGACUUUUGAGUGAAACACAAUGCAUAUGUCUGAGUGCCAUAUUAGAGACACAUGGCAUAUGCAUAAAUGAGAAAACUCUUCUUGGAAAGGUCUUCUUGGCAUGGGAAAAAAUAUUGACCUAUUGCUGAGAUGUUAUGUUUGUGGGGCUGUUAAAUUUACAAUUCAUGGAAAAAAAUUGUCAGCAGGUAUUGUUGUGGGUAUACCUUUUACAUGAUAAAAGGGCUGUAAUGAUUUUGUGAAGUCAUGUGAUAUAUGAUAGACUUGCUUACUUUCUUUGUGCGCCACCGUGCUCUGUUGUCUUUGCUCGCUGCCAAGCAUCUGUCAUUAAGUCUUAGUGGCCGAAUUUAGGAGUAUUUGUGUUCUUUCUCCGAGCACUUUGGUGAUUUUCUAGUUAGUUUUUUUUAGUAGGCACAAAGUGGUUGAUUGCAUUUAUCAGUUUUAGAUAAUAGGGAAAUGUUUUCCUACAUAAAUUUAAGUGAUUUAUCAAAUAUUAUAAUACGCAGAAUAUAAAGUCAAAAGAAAUUGUCAAAUUUCAGUUUGCCGUUAUUUCGAGUGCCUUAUUUUAGUUUUCAUGUUACAGAAAAAAAUGGUGCAUGCUCUUACUUUAUGUUUUUAGAUCGUCAUUGAUUAUUUCUAUCAAAUCUUAGGCAUUUAUUCCCAAUAGUGACCAAUUCGUAAUUUCUCCCUACAAUAUUAGCACAAUGCUAAACGGACAGGUGCUGAGAACGAUUAACCACAUCGUUUGGAGGGAUACUGAUUUAAAACCAAAUUCUUCCUACUAACAUUACCAGAAAAGCGUGGCAGAGAGUAAAGAGAAUUUAUUUUGAGAUCUUGGGAAUGAAAGGCUUUCUGUUUAAUAACAUGUGAGAUUACCAAUUAUAAUCAACUGGAUUAUUAGAGAGGUGAGCUUAUUAGAGCGGUGUAAUUAAAAUUUGUUUUUAUAUUUGUUUCUUUUCAGCUUUCCACACCAGCGCCUUCCAGAACAACAUCGGUGAAAAAAGGCGGACCACAGAGAAAAACCAGUGGGUCAAAAACUUCAGGCCCAUCAUCUAACUCAGGUUCAAGAGUUUUGCCUCUUUUUCAUUCUAUUUUUUUGUCUUAAAGGUAAACUUAGUUUACGAGUCAGACGGCCCAUCAUGCCGAGCUUAUUCAUUUUUCAGAAGCGUAAAGUAGUAAAUAGUAUUGCCACUCCUCCCUAGAUGGGAUGCUUGUCCAUCACACAGUUACCUUCUUUCUUCCCCCCCCCCCCCAUCAAAAAAAAAUCGCCUGUACCGAUUUAUUUUACCCGGGUGGAGAAAGUCACUGUGAUAUAGUAAAGUAUCCUGCCCACCAACUCAACCCAGUGACGCAGCCUUGGUUUGAAACCGAGACCCGUUCCUCGAGAGUCUCGCUGACAUCACGUGCCAGUCGCCACAUUUUAAGGAAUUGUAGUAGGGGUCGUAGCUCAAAGCCAGCCAAUUUUGUUCAGUUCGGUGAGAUUUCUAUUGUUUUAACCAUAAAGACUAUUAAUAUCGCGAUCUCGAAUUGUAGUUUUCAUGCCCAUACAUAGUAAUUUGGUGGAAAUGUAGAGAAGUGAGAAGUAAGACCUUGACGAACACUGUUAUUAAAAAUUCUCAGCUUCCAUUUGAAUCUGAUUAAAAAAGAAAGCGGACUCAAAAUUCCUUGAGGUAUACUUAUUUAGUUCUUGUAGUUGUUAAAACCGUUGGUUUUCUUCACAGCGUCUGCAGGAGCAGUUGACGAGGCAGACUUUGAAAAUGCAUUUCAUGACUGUCCUGAAAUCAAGGUUUGUAAAAAUAAAGUCAUAACGAAUACAAAGACAUAAUCAAUUAAGUGAUUGAAUGAAGUAAGAGUGAAGUGAUUACGAGCCUUCUUUUGGCGCGAAAAUGUUUUCUCAUAUUUGUCCCAAAAGACAUCAUCUGUUCUUCGAAGCACACAGUCUCUCUCCGAGCUUCGCUUUUGAAAAACUGUUCUGGGUUUUCUUUUCAGGUUUAUAGCAGUAAAGAACUAACAGAAGAGAUGGCGAAGGUUCAGUCCGUGUUAUCGGAUGAUAAAAACGAUUGGGAACACCGGGUAGCUGCGGUGAGUUUUGCAUUUUGCAACUUUCCUCUCUUGGAGAGAUUCUCUUCAAAGCAAAACCAAAUUGAUCCCAACAGCCAAUCAGAACAAAGGAGAAAUCACAGAAAGCCAAUAAGAAGUAAAAGUAAAACAAGUAACUACCUGAGGCGCGGGAAAACGCCAGUGACCCAAGUCACGAUUGGUUAUGAUUUUGUAUCUGAUUGGUUGAAAGGUUGGCGCGAGUUUUCUCGACCAAUCAUGAAGCGAAGCUUAGUAGAACCACGCAGAUUACACAAUUGCUUUGAUACGAACAAUUUGUGUUUACUUUCAAACUUUGAGGUUCUGGCUUUUUUAUCUCUGAGCACCCCGUUUUCUUCAGCUUUCCUUUUCCAGUAACAACGAAUUCCCUUUGAAUUUUGGUCACGAGGCGUCGAGAUUGUUAGAGGCUGUGCUAACCUCGAAGUUGUUGUUUGCGCAAAUUUUAAACUUCACUGUACCUUUGUGUCCUCUUCCAGCUCAAGAAAAUUCGCAGCUUAAUUAACGGAGGGGCUCUAGAGUACGAUAACUUUGUGUCGCUGGUGAGGCUACAAGAGGGGGCAUUCAAACUCUCGGUAAGUAACUUUUUGGUUUUCAAAAUCAUCGACUCGACAUUUUGGAGCAGGAUUUAGUCAGAUAGAAAAUGAAUAAAUGAGUGUUUUACUGCACUUUUUUCAUAACAAGCGAAUUAUGGAGAUCCAUCUUUAAAGCUCACAGUAGCCUUUUGUAGGCUUACUGUCAAUGUGCACGAGCAAGUAUGUGGGCGCGCAAAUAAAUGGAAUUACAGGGGCCGUUUCCUGACAACGGCACCCGCUGCGCCAGCCCACCAGAAUUCAGCGACUCGGCAAAAUAGAAACUGUUUGUUAAAUUUGUAGCCAUUACCUAAGUGGUGACGAUUAUUUUUGGCUACUUUCAGACAAAGGAUCUUCGAUCGUCUGUCACGAGAGAGGCUUGUGUAACCUUAAGGUGAGUCACAGGUUGAAAUUUCUGCGAGAACCAAUCUCUCGACUUGACCUAGAAAAUAAAUUGACAAUAUAUACAUGUUCCCUCUAGCUACCUGUCUACCGUUUUGAAGAAUCAGUUUGAUCAUACGGCAGAAGCUGUAUUGCCAACCCUCAUCAACUUAAUCACCAACAGCGCCAAGGUAAGAAAACUCUUCUUUUCACAAAAGAUACACCUUACUCCCCUCGUUCCCCAAGGAAUAUGACGUAUCCAGUGACAUCAGGCCGAUAUCAUUGUGGUUGGUAGUUCUUGGGCGUUUUCUUAUUGGUUGACUUGAAUCAAAAGAUCCUCGUAUACCACCCAAAACUACAGGUCUAAUGGAGAAUUGCCCGAAAUUUUGUUUGGAAUAGAAGGCAGCCUGACUUGCUAAACGCGAUUGGCUGGCUGCUUUUCUCCUGUAUUCUUUCCUUUUGUGAUGAACAAACCCUUAAGGACUUCGUCCAGCUGCCAUGUCUGCAAAAAUUUUUAUUGUCGAUGCGAGCGAAAGUUUCUGUGGUUUCGAGCUGAUCACGUGCGAGUUGGAAGUUUUUGUUACCCCAGGCGUUUUGCUCGCCCCUUAGGAGUGAGUGAGUCUUGACCUAUGGCACAUGAUACGUCCUCCUCCAAUCAGAAAUCGUUUUUGUCUUUUUUUCCUGACAGAUCAUGGCAACGUCUGGUCACGCUUGUAUCAGCUUCAUUCUAAAAGUGAGUUUUAAAUUUCAGCUUGUUUUCUCGUGUUUAUAGAUCGUGUUUAUAGAUCCUAUUUAUAUAGGUUGACGCGAAGUGAUUUCAUUUUUUUUUUUUUUUACUGUCAAACAGAACACUCAUUCUCAUCGGCUUAUUCCAGUCAUCACCAACAAUAUGACAUCCAAGUCAAGUAUCAUUCGACGGUAAAUAUUGAACUAUCUAAAACGCGUGCUGUAAGAAGUCAUUGAAGUGGACCUUACGACUCUCUGCGCAGCCCGCUCAAAUUUACAGCUUUUUUUCCUUUUAUUUAUUUAUUUUUCCAUUUUUCGUCUAAAUUGUUCAUAACUUUAAUGAGCAAAUGAAAAGUUUAACUUUUUGCUUGCUUAAAUUGUCAACUAACGAGGUUAGAAAUAACACUCGGUCAUCUGACGUUGUCCAAGCAAAUUUUGAAACUUUAUUCUGGUUAUUUCCACUUUACGAUCGGAUUUGAUGUUCAGGCAUUUCACCCGAUUAUUUUGACCUCCUCCACUGAAGUUACCGUCUAUUGUUAAAAGUGUCUUGACAGAUUGUUUAAGCCAUAUUUUGUUAAAAAGAUGGAUCAUGGGGCAAAAAAGGUCUUAUUUCUUUUACUUACCAAAUGAGAUAGACCACGAAAAUGACCCUUGAAACCUUCCUGUAUUGCGGCAUGGUUAGUCCCUGAUAUGUUCCCACAAACUCUCGCGAUUUAACUCACUUUGCAAAGGCAGUGGCUGGUCAUAAAAUGGCUGCUUUUGUGUUCCCUUAUCGAAGUGAUUGAGUGUUCGUAAGCUAAUUCAUACGUACGCUACAUUUCUUACUCAGCCGCUGCUGUGAGUAUGUAGACCUGUUUCUUACUCAUUGGGAGACGCCCACGAUCAAAUCGUAAGUACACACUAAACUUGCAAUGCUGCCAGGUUUUUUUUUUUUUCUGUGUCAAAGCGGCAGAUUUUUCCCCAGAUUGCCACAUUUUCGAUUAAAAAAAAAACCGGAUCAUAUUUCUCCUAAACAACGAUUUUUCGAAUAUUUCCGAAGACGUUCCGAGUAUACUCGGAAGGUGUCCUGAAGAGUUGCUCCAACUGCUGUUUUUGCCCUUCCUUCCAGAACUGAACGUUUCAACUAACAUAAGAUCAUUCACAUCAACUUCUGUUCACUUUCACACUUCAUAUUUGUCAAAAUAUGCUUCGGCUAAGGCAGCUAAAGCUUAAAUUCUUCCGCUUGGCGGGGAAAAUUUCUCGGCAAGCCUGAGUUAUCAUGAGAUCGGGGUUGCGAUGCACACCCGUUAGAAUCACUCCGAAUGUUUCAGAGUUGAAAAGUGCAAAUAUAUUAGUGCUGCAAAGCUUAGGAAAUUGUGAAUGGAACUUUCCCUUGUCUAGUUAUCAGAGUGUCUAUUAAAUGCCACAAUACUUUUUCUUUUCUUUUCUCAGCCGCGUUAGUGAAAUAGAAGAAGCCAUUCGGAAAGGAAUUUCAGAUGCUGAUCCUGAAGCAAGGGCAGGCAUGCGAAGGUAGAUAGAAAAAAAAGAUCGGCUUUAUAAUAUCUCGGGAAUUUCCCUUUUCGUUCGGAAGAAACUGUUCCAUGCCAGGGUUUUGGUGAACAGGGAAUUGCUAAGCCUGGCUGCUCACCUUUAGAGCUUUGCAGUUGUUUUAAAAUGCGGUUUGUCGACGUUUUUGUCAAUAAAAUCUCGCAAAUUUUAUUAAGAACUUUAAAAGGUCAGCAUUUUUGUUUGAUCUGUAAUUGAAAAUUGAUUGUAAGGCCUUUUAUUUUAUGUUGGUGCGUAGAAAUAGCGUGGCGGUAUUAGUUCGGGAAGAAUUUUGUUGAGUUUUACCCAAGGUUCUGCCUGUCUGUCACCAUUCCCUUGCAGUAACUUGUGUUCCAAGGUCAACAUUACUUUUCCAAAUCAGAAAGCGGAAGCUGGAAUUUAUGUUUUUUAAUUUUUUGGUUGGACUUGACUUUAAUUGAGAUGUUGUCAUUAUUUUAGAAGUCGUGCUACUGCUACAUUUUUUUUCUUUAAGAAAAUUUAAACUAGAAGUUUCCGAAGAUUUCUCGUCGAGAUGGUCAACUGAAUUGGUUUUGAGACUCUGUUUUUCUAUCUCUGGAUACAGAACUGGGCUCGAUGUGCCGUGUUGGAGCCAAUUUUGUUUCUUACUACUCUCAAUUAGUAACUGUUAUUCAAAUCAACUGACAAAGGGUGUGUCGCACCAGGAAUGCGCUGAUCAGGAAACCAAAAUUUUCUAGAAAAGGCUCUCAAUAAGAAUCUCAAUGUUUUGAGACUCUGUUUUUCUAUCUCUUUGGAUACAGAACUGGGCUCGAUGCGCCGUGUUGGAGCCAAUUUUGUUUCUUACUACUCUCAAUUAGUAACUGUUAUUCAAAUCAACUGACAAAGGGAGUGUCGCACCAGGAAUGCGCUGAUCAGGAAACCAAAAUUUUCUAGAAAAGGCUCUCAAUAAGAAUCUCAAUGUUUUGAGACUCUGUUUUUCUAUCUCUUUGGAUACAGAACUGGGCUCGAUGCGCCGUGUUGGAGCUAAUUUUAUUUUUAUUAUUAUUCUCAAUUAGAUACUGUUAUUUAAAUCAACUUACAAAGGGUUUGUCGCACUAGGAAUGCGCUGCUCAGGAAACCAAAAUUUUCUCGAAAGGGCUCUCAAUGUCAUUUUUAAUGGUUUUGAGAACGUGGAAGUUUCCAUGAUGCUAAAAAAAGCCAGCGCAAGGGAUAAUUUCGUGUUCGCCAAGUAAAUUUUGUUUCUCUGUUAGUGAGGGUAAUUGAAGCUUAAAAUAGUUUAACACCCCCCAAGAGAUUGUGCUAACAACAUACAACUCUUUUCUUUGGAAAAGAAAGAAUAUAACUGUAAAUGUAAAUGUCUUAACUACUUCCCAAUAAAGAUCGAAAAUUAACAGCUUUACAGAGCGUAGUUUUGUGUUUGUUAAUGUACGAUCUUCUCGAUAUUCAGGGCGUUUUGGCAUUAUCAUGAACACUUUAGAGACAGAGCAGAGAGGUAAGGUUACUUUAUAUUUUAAUCUUGGCCUUCCUUUCAGUUGCCGAACAAUCUUUAUGAAUAUUCAUAACUGGUUAAUUAGUUGUGCAAUUCGGCAACAGACCAGAGUCAUGUGAGGGUCGGCAACUUAAUUUUUUUUCAUCGUAGUUUUGUUCUUACCGGUUGUAAAGUUUUGAGUUUUUGAGGCUGGCUGCCGUAAACUGAAGCAAAAAUAUAGAUUGCAACUAGUUUCGUCAAUGAAUUGCUGUCUUUUCUUCUCACAAUGCCGAUAGGAGUUUGGCGAAGCGGUCACUACAUAGAGGACCAACCUUCAUGGCUAUACUACUACAAGUACAGCGCAACUCUUUGAUUGCCGGAUUUAAUUUCAUUUUAAACUUCAUAGUCUAUUGAACAUAUUAAUUUUUUUUCCCCUUUCUCCUUACAGCUUGUUGAAAUCGUUCGAUGCCUCAAAGCAGAAACAGCUCGAAAAUGACCGUAACCUUUCCAAUCUUGGCCCUGUAAAAACUUCAUCGUCCGGACGAUUCGUUGCUGUGAAACCGAGCAAGCCAAUUUCUGGAAACAGAGUGCGCUCAUCCAGUGCGGCUAGCGAAGAUGGCACGACAAGGUAAGUUUGCAGAACACAUGAAAAGAAAUAAAAGGGUUAUUUAUAUCUUUAAUUUCGCGAUUUCACGGCUGGUAAUUAUUGCUUAAGGGUAUGGAAUCAUUAAACAUGUCUCUCGAAGUGUUCGUUGAUACAUUGGGUUUUUAUUUUUCGUGCAGAUUUUGCUGUUCGAGGUGUGCGCGUCGUGUACAAUGGCGAGUAAUCUUAAUUAGAACUCUUUGUAUAGCUGUUCAGUUGAAUAGCUCAAUGUUUGCUCCUGCUUAGCGUAGAAAAUACAGCAAUGAUGUAUCAGCAGGUAGCAACGUUAUUUAUGAAGCUAUUUUGCAUUUAAUUUUUCGUAGUGUAUAACGCAUUUCCUUUGAUGCGAAAAAUGUUUUGAAUCGAAUCUCGUUUACUUUUUAUGUUAAAUUUUCGAACUACGUUUAUUUCAAGUUAUGGUUCGUUUCACGUGGUGUUAUUUAAUAGACAUGCAUGAAUUCUGCGGUUGAAACAAGAAGUAUUUGAAGCAGUUCUUUCCGAUAUGUGCGCCAAGACACGAUAUUGCAAAGUUAAUAUUUAUAGGCUUUGCAAUGGAAAUCGGCUGAUUUAGAAAUUCUAGAACAUCGGUUUUCUUUCUUCUUCUCUUCGGCAAUUAGGUAGACUUUGUAUGCUUUACUGUUAUCCUGGAUUAAUUUACAAUAGUUUACCGCAAAAUGAUUUCUGCUGGUGGUGCGGCUUUGAGGAAUAAUAGAAGGAUCGAAUCUAUUGUGUAAAUAACUCGCCAUGUAAAUAUUGUUGACGUAUAUCGAUGGAUAUCGACCGUCGAGCAAUGUUUACAGAUACAUUAAUUUAAUUCAAUAUAGUCUCAAAUUUUUUUAGAACCAUGUCAAGUAUGUGUUUGAGUGAUGGGGUUGCCGCCAGGCGGUGAAUAUCUAAUUACUGGUUGAUAUAUAGUGUACGGAGAGCUCAAAUAUCCCAAAUUACCUUAAGUAGGAUUGAGUUUUCCUCACAUGUUGUUAUUUACAGCUCACGGCACACAGCACCUUCCCGUCAGACAGUGGGAGCCUCGAGCCGUGCCGCGAGAACUACUCACAGAGAAGGUAAGAUAAAAAGUGUGGCAGUCUGAAGGCGCUGGGUUACAAGGAAGUUCUCUGGGAAAAUUCUUCAAGAAUUUAAGGGUAGAUGAGGAAGUUACCAAGAACAUGAUAUAUUCCUGCUAAGGACAGGAAGUAUUGUUUAAAUCGCUAUGCAACUAAUUCUAUGUUGAGUUACCUGUUUUUCAGUUUUAUAGUUUUGCAGGUUUACUGCUUUACUUAGUUUACUGUUUUAUUGAACCUAUUCAGCUCGGAGGCUGGUAUCCUUAGAGGCCUUGUAUCAAAAUACAAUUACGACUACAAUAUAUUGAAACUAAAAUUACGUUAAAAAAUCUGACUUCUAUUAAGUUACUAGAAAAAAAACUCUAAAAAUUAGAACCGCUUUAGAAAAUGUUUGCGACAGAACGUCUGUACGUCUCUCAGGGGCAUUCCGAAUUUCAGAAGGCAUCUCAUUAAGAAUUUUCGCUCCAUUAAGAAGGAAGUGUUUUUUUCAAAAUUUGUGUUUGCCCUCGGUGACGAUGAUCUAAUGUCCUACUUUGUAGAAUAGUUACGAAUGCUAGAAAAUCUAAAUCUCAACUGGCUCUAAGGAGGGUUUAAAAAUAAAAAAAUCUCACUUUAUCAAAAGUACUGCAGAUAUUGAGGAAAGUUUAAAUUGAAAGAUUGGCAGUGGAAGAGUUAGCGUAUACUUUGAGUUGCUUUAGUUACACUUUUUGUGAUCUUUUUUCUUAGAUUCCCGUCAUGCUGUGGCAUCCAAGGCAACAGGUUCUCUUCUCUCUCCCAUGGCUUCUCUCGGUCGUUCCCUCAGUAAUAUCGACCAGCGGUCGGCUGAACGGGCCAGUGCGCGUUCUAAGAUCCGCGCAGUACCUCGAACGUCACCUCAAAGCCAUCACGUGCAGCAGCGCCAACUUCGACCCCAGUACCCCUCCAGGGGCACUGUUUCUCAACGUAAGUACGAAAACGAACUUUAUAAAGAACAAUGAAUCUACUUAUGAAAAUUUUAAAAAUUAAUAAGUAAACAAAAUCUAACAUUCAUUUGUUCUUUUUUUUUUUUAGCUGGAAGUCGAUCCCAGUCUCCCGAACGAUUACUGUCCACCUUCCCUCCUCGGGAGAGGUCUGAGGUGUACUGUCGGAGAGAAAGCAUAAGUAGAACCAAGAUACCCACUCCAAGGUAAAUUCAUAGGUAUAGAGAUUCUCCUAAUCAUUGAUUCAACAUACUAUAGAUGUUGUUAGGGGAAUUUGGCUUUAGGUCAGAGGUUAAAAGAUAGCUAUUAAUACUGCGACAAACGUGGCGCCGACUUAAAUAUAGAGAGAACGUUUUCAUUGGAAAUUAUUAUUUCAAACCAAGUCGUUUCCAACAAGGUAUCGUCUCUGGACUUGAUGAAAACUCUUUCUUCAUUCAAUGCUAUUUGUAAGUCGGGCGAUCAGUUUUUCAGUGAGUUAAGAUUUUCUUUCGGGUCCUUAUUCUGCAAGAGAAAGUGUUUAAGUGGUGUUGAUUCAAUAGAGCCCGGUUACCAGUGGUCUACUGCUGCCCAUAAGACCUCUUAUCGCCGUCUGUUUAGCCUGCUAACAAGCUCUCGUGUUUGGAUCUCGCCUUACGGCUCUUUUUCCAGCCGCUAAUGAAAAAAGUUAUUGAAAUCCCUUUAGGUGCACAGAAGUAUAAACCAGUUUCAUGUGGCAGAUAGUCUCUUAUAUGGAUUCACAGUUGUCAUGUUUUUGUGUUAUUAGUGUUAAUUAAUUUCGUUGUUGUCGGUUCUCUUCCAGUGUUUCUAGGCAUGGCAGCAACGAGAAUCUGGCUGGUAUUGACAGCCAUACACCCCACUCCCAUCCCUCUAGUUCUCCCUCUUUCCUCCCCGUUCGUAAAACUCUGUGAGUACAGUCCAUUGUGUUCUUGAUGUUGUAUCCAGUCGCCAACAAUUCAUACGACAACAUCGUUCUUACAACCUUCCUCGAGUCUUUUUACCUUCCAUUCUUUACUCCUUAAACGGCGCACAACUAACGCAUAAUCAGUUCUCCGUUUACCUUAUUUGGUUAUAAUUUAUGAUAAUUUAUUUUACGUUCUUUUCCAGAGUUGCUCGAAAUUGCAGCAACGAGAGUCUAAAUAGUCCUAGGAGCUACUCGCCCCAACCCUACCCUCCUCCCUCUCGAUCUUUUCUUCCUGUUCCCAGUCCUAAACUUCAGUAAGUACUAACUUUUAACUUGUAAACUACUUUUAUAACAGCUCUAAUACAGAAUAACAUAAUCUAAAUAAACAGCUUAUACUAAUUACUAAUCCUAACUGUAUUUAUCGAAGCUAGUGUAACAGAAGGCUUUUUAAAUCUUAGCUUACUAAGAAAAAGCACUUGUUUUCUUGCGUUUUCAGUUUGCUUUUGUAAGAUUUUUUGACGUCUUUGCAGUACAGCUUUUUCUUUCGGUUUUGUUACUUUAGCUACGGACUAUGGAUUCUACUGAUUAUCUAUCGACUUUGCGUUACUUUCUCGUUGUGAUCGCAUCUUUUGUUUUUCCAGUUUUCCUAACAACUUUUUAUCUGAUCUGUCCAUUAAAAAAGUUUGUUUUGGUUACGUUACUGUGCGUACAGGUUGUCUAUUCCGCUGAUAUUCUGUUGAUUUUCCUCUGCGUACUCGUAACUAUCAAAUCUUUUAUUGUGCUUCUUUUUCUGUUAAACUUUUUAUGCCACAGUUCUUCUCGUCAUUCUUGCGAACGAAACACCUUUAUUUUCACAUUCAUCUCGUACUCUGUCCAUUCUCAUUCUUAUAAUCUUCUUGAACAACUGAUCGUUGUGGUCUCAUUGUCUUUUAUUGCAGUCUUUCUCGGCAUCUUAGCUUCGAGUUUCUUCCCAGACGGCCUCGUAAUUCUUCUGUCUCCUACAUUCCUGUUCCGAGCUUGUGAGUAACCUCGCUUCUCCUGGGAAUUCUGUGACAGAACUCUUGCCUUGUCUUUUAACUCAGUUCUUGUCCAAGAGAGAUUGCUGGAACUAACACACAGCAUAGUCCGUUGUGCAUAUAUGAAUUUUUUUAUUGUCGUGAACAAGCAACGAAAACUUUCAUUCAGUUCUAAGAAAGGUUUUUUCGCCAAUGAUUGUAACGAUUGUAACGAUUGUAACGCCCGUGAUCAAGUUAAUGCUGAAGAAGAAAUGCGUUAUUGAAUUUCUCUAACAGGAAUAUUUCGUCGAUUUAAUCCUUAGUUAAGUUAUAUUCAAACCCUAGUUCAUUGCCCCUUUAAGUGCUACGUAUGCCUUGGUUUGUGCUAGCUGAAGUCUAAUUGGUCCUUAAUGGUCAUGCUCUCUACCUUAACCAAUCAGACAAAGGGUUGAUUAUCCAUUCAGCCAAUCACCAGUUAUAUAUCGGUGCUUCGUGACGGUGACUUUUCCCAUGCUUGUAUUAAAAGCUUCAUUUCUUCCCGCGCUUGUUGCGGUACUUUCCCGCGCAUUGUUCUUUAAUAUGCGUUCUGAUUCGUUCAGUUUUGCUACUGUGGAAAUCAUUAAAAAACUGCGCUAUAUCGAUAACAUAUUACUUUUAAUAAUAACUCUUACUUUCAUCAUACUUCAAUAUCCCCCAUUUUAAUCACUUCCAGACGAUUACAUCCAAAAGACGGUGACUGCGUCAAUUCUUAUGUCAGAUUUAAUCUUUUAUUUCCACGGUUCUCUUCCACAGUCGUGCACGAACUGCUUCUCAAUGUAGCUCACGCGCGAGCUCCCGCGCGAGUUCGCGCGGAGCGAGCAGAGACACCAGUCCUGACCGGAGAGGGGACAGGCGAAUGAGUUCAGAGCGAGGAUACAGUCCAAGUCAUUUACCGGUGAUGAAGAAGACAAGUCCGUUACACAGUGAGUAGGGCUUUGACUUUGGGCGGGAAACAAGGAGAGGAAAUGUUACUUUUUGCAUUGUGCAAAAUGGCCUUCACCUUGAAAGAAAUUGCAAAUUAUUGGCUCGUUGAGAUAGAACAACACAUGGGAAGUAAAAAUAACCAGAGCAAAGGAUGGAGAAGAUCUAAACAGAUUGAACAAAAAAGAACGUGAAAAGUCAUUGCUUGAAGAAAAGAGCUGCUCAGCUAGAAUGGCUCUGACGAAGGGCUAACGGUCGAAACGUCAGCUUUAGAAACCCUACGGUGGCCAAUUUACAUUCUCAUCUCAGUUGAUAAAACCAAAUUAUCAUUGUAAUACCCCAACAUCGCAGCACUGCAGUUUCUUUAGCAACUCGCCCCCUAAAAUCAGCAAUGUCGAGAAUGUCUUGAGUGACUAAACAGGAGAAAAGAUGACGAGUCAUAAGAUGGUCUGCUUGACCGGUGAUUUUCGAGCGCUUGUUGAAAAUGAAGGCUACCUCGUUACGAAAAUAGGAAGUAAAUCUUCGAGGAAUUUUUCCCUCUCCCUGCUUCCUCAAAACAUCCCAUAAACAAUUAUCUACCCCGUGAGAUUGCGUGAACGAUUGGAGGCAGAUUUUUAGUUUUGCCUCUCUCUCCUCCCUUAUCGCAUUCUCAAAGUCAAGAACCUUGGCCAUGAUCAGUGCGUGCUUGCAUUGCUAUUCAAAUAAUGCUCUCUUUCCUUAACCUCUUAGAUCCACCAAUGGUGAAACAGUCAAGUCAAGGCGAGUCCACGGGUAAAGGUGUCACUGAAGAAGCGGUUUGGAACGCUUGGGUAAGUCCCUCUCACAAUAUCUUUAAAAGCGUUGCAUUUAUUUCUCCGAAGGCGAGCAGGCGAGAGGUAUGUUAUCAGUACCAGACCCCCAGUGAACCUCGCGACUUGUCUCCAGUCUUUUCGCUGGCUUAGAAAUCUCGUUAUGCAGAGCUAAAAUGAGGGCUUGUUUGGGACGUUUUCUUUUGUCCCUAGGGUGUCCUUUAACCGGAGAUUCCUCUUAAAAGUAAAAAGGAAGAACUCAAGUAGGCUUUGUUGCUCUCCUAAGAAUACUAAUUUAUUUCCGUCUAAUUCUCAUUUAAGCAUAAAAGCCCAUCCAGACGGAAAUAUUCGUUUGGUUCUCAAUGUUCCGAUGACGAUGAUAGUGACGUGGCCAGUAUAUCAUCUGAGAGAUCGUAUGGAUCUAGAGGCUCACGGAAUCACCCCAAACACUUGGAACCUGGAAACGUAAGUUGAUUGAAAUUUAUAGUUGAAAGGGGAUGUGUGUUCCAGAAAGCUAAAGUUUUUAUCUCUGCUUUUAAAAAGUAUAUGUGAAAUCGUGACUCUGGAAGUGUUUGCAGAUCCCAAAAAGUAACUUUUCCUUUCGGAAUCGAUCUUCUUGCUACUUUGAAUCUUGCUUAGCAACCUGGCCGCUUGCCUUUUACAUCACAAUGAAUAAUCUGGCGAUCGCGUUUGCGUUUGCCCAGGGGGCUUAAUUCAAUUUCUAUGGGUAAAUCUGACAGAUAAUUUAAUUGUAGCUUUUUAUCGCCUCAAAAGUUACUAGAGUGUUCGCGUUGUUUUAUUUGAGGUAAUUACUCUUAGACAAUUUUCUUAAACGCCAUACUUUGUCGAAAACGCCACUAUACUUGUGAUCUCGAAACUUUUUUUUAACGACUAUUUUUCUUGUACGUGCGGAAUGCAUGACCAAUCGAGCGAAGAGCUUCAGGUCACGACAUAAAUAUUGAGCUUUGAUUUCAAGUAAAAUCUCGAAUAAUCUUUACUUAGCUUUCACAUUUUCCAACUCAUUGCCAGGUACGAAGCAAGACGUAGUGUGUAAAAUUCAAUGAAUGAAUGACUUACAAGCGUGACAAAAAAUUAAUUUUAGUGAUACACAAACCUUAGCUGGGCAGAACUAAAUAUUUUUUUGUAUUUAAAGUAGUUCUGUUAUGUAAAUGGUACCUGUCGUUUAUUUUGGACAAGUAUUUCUUUAUUCACCAGCGAUACCGGAAAGCGAAUAGAUUUGACGAUAAUUUUGACAUCUUAAUUCCGUUCACUGACAUUCAAAGUCGCCGAGGUGGUGUGUUUAUGUAUGAAAUGAAAGAACAGCGCUUUUAACAGCUGUUUCAAGGUUUUUUCCUUUAUUUACAGCCGUUCCUAUCAAUUAUUCAUGAAUGUUUGUGUCACCGUUGUCGUUCAACCAGAAGCAAGUUUUUUAACUCAAUUCCUUUAUUACUGUAAACAUAUGCAACCAAACACUACUCUGUCAACAUUUUCAGAAUUUGUAUAUGAAGUAAUAGGUUACUCUUUGGACCGCUUGACUACCCUCUUCUUGCUUCGAAAAUUCAAAGCGACUGAAAGACGAUUGGUUCUCCGGUUUAUAUGGUAAUGCGCUGAAUAGAUCGAAAGGAAACUCAUGAAUUACGCAUAAUUAUCUCUCACGCCUGGUUCCUGAAAGACGAGGCGGGCAUGUGAAAGAAAAUGCGUGAAUCUGUUUGACAGGCUGCGCGAAAUUUACCCUUUUAAGUAACCAAAGCAGAAGUUAAAGAAUUAUCACUACGUUUUCGCGUAAUGUGGCUUCGAAAAGGAGAAGCAGCGAGUACUAAAGACAUCAUGGAUGCACACAAGGUUACGACCGCAAUCUGAUUAAAGCUGCUAACAACAUGCGGCGUAUUAAGACAAAGCACCGAACCACUUGUUCAUGUCGCCGGUUACGAAUCGAAGUAGUCGUUUACAGACGUUACGUGGUUCGAACUGUUUUUCCCGGGAAUCCCAGAGAAGAAUGGUUGUGGUUUAAAUUCCUUCUCAGGAAAGGGAUGUUCAUCUACAUACGUCCAAGUCAUGUUACGUUAUUUCGACAGGUAAACUGUGUAACUUGUUUUGUUUUUUUUGGAAUUGUGUUUUUAUCGUGUCAAGAAGUUGGAUGUUAUAUUUGAUUUUGGCGACUUUCUCGGUUAGCUGCUCUAAAAUCUGUCGUGUUUUGGAUUAACUUUGGAGGGAAUGUUCAAAUUAGGGCACUGAACUGUGGUCUGUCGAUCUCUGUUCAGAUUUCUUGCGUUUUUAUCUCAAAUGCGGUCUAGCCUGACUCAUAAAAACGUAGCACUGCAGUGGAUUUUAAAUGUCACGAAUACCGCAGUUUAUUUUAAUUACUCUCUAGAGGCAUUGGGGAUCAAAUUUAAAUGAUGCACGCGAGCAGAAGCUAGUUUUUUCAGGAACUUUCCAUGUCGUAAAUCUUUUGUUAUUGCGACAAUUUGGGUGGCUGCACUUUACCAUCCGAUUGUAAUGUUGUACUAAACCUUCAACAUAACUACACUUCAAGGCGGCCGUUUUUCCCUUCAAUUUAUGAAACAGUCCUGUUUUUAUUCGUUACGCUCUGCAAUUAGUGAAUUGGAAAGUUGUUUGUCUAAAUGAUUAUUUAGAUUGCAGAAUCGCUUUUUCUUCAAUCGAAUUCCAAGAAAAUUUAACAAUCGUACUUAGGUCAGUUCCUUUUAAAGUCAUUUUUGUCUAAUCUUUCCUCAUGUCGCUUCUAUUUUCCAUGAACUCACCAUUUUCCUUAGGAACAUUUAUUCUGUCUUUUUCGUUGAUGCAUAAUGUUAUUAAAUUUAUGUAUAUAUUCCUUUCCUCCUCAACGGAUCUUUAUGACAUUCAUUGUUUUAUCGAUGUUUACGUUUUUAAAUGGACAAAACCAAGUUUCUCUUGAAUAAAAUUCGCACGCUGAUAAAAUAUAUUAAAGUUCACGAACACAAAAUUACGAUGAAGAAAAAUGUAAAGAACGAAAUCGUGUUCAAAAUGCAUGAAAUAUGGCUUUAAGCUCAACGCACGCACACAAAUGUUAUUUUCCGCAUUGUCAAUUUUUUCAACUCAUUACAUUUAAUUUUCCUAGCUCAAGUUUCUCUGAAUUACAAAAAUCAUUAAACCUGGAUGUAGUGUAAAUACUUUGCACUUUUAACUUUUUUCGUGCGAAAUUGAUACAGACUUUUCAUCUUGCUGUUUACAUUGUAAAUGAAGUUUGUCUCAAAACAGAAUUGCUAAACCUUUUGUGCUUUCUGACUUUUUUUCUCUGUACCAAAAGGGUGACUGAAAACAGCUGGAUAUAUGGGGCUUUAAACACAAUGAUUGUUAUUGAUAGCUAUUUUGGAAUCUGCCCUAUUUUUUUCCAGACAUUGAUCCCUCAGUUAGGCUCCUACUUGUUAUGCAGUGUUUUUAUUGUUUAGUUACUUUCAGGUGUUGUGAAAAGUAAUAUGAAGGUUGGUGGACCGACUGAAACAGCGGGAAACCAAAACACAUCAUUGAUUUACUCCUCCAUGCCCUCCUCGCAAUUGUUAUCGUUUUACGUCAGAUAUCCGAGUAAUAAUGCAAAUAUUUACGUGGUCUUCGUUGUCAAAAACUAUGAAUGUGCCGUUUUCUUUUAGCAGAAGUCUAAGGGAUUGUCUCGUUCGUACGGGAUUACCUAUCUCGUCUCGUAAAAGCUUAAUUCUUUGGCGCUGCCGUUUUAUGAAUCUUUCUUUAAGUGAUCUUUUUCGUUCAGAAUGUUGGUGUUGUCCUGGUUUCUUUUUAUUGUGUGACAUCGUCACUGUGAAUCAAAACUCAUUUAACCCUUUACAACCUAACAUCAGUAUGCAUAUUCUCCAUACUGUUCUCUAUACAUUUCCUAAGGUGCUGACAAGGAGAAUUUGUUUAAUAAUCAAGAGCUUCUCUAGUUGGUGAUCAGAGCUGAAUGAUGCGCGCAUUUUGAUUGGUUCGUACUAAUGAUCUUUUGGAGGAUGGAUGCGUAGAUGACGUCACCAUUAGAAAAAUUUUUUUUAUCGUUGAAAUAAAUAGAUUCCAUGUUGCCGUGGGUCUGUACAAAAAAAGAUCACAGACGUCGUCAAGAUAUUGUAGAGAUAUUCAGUGACGCACUCGACUGCGCGUCGUGUGCCACUUUUCUUGUUUGUUGCCACAUUUUGACGUCUUUGUGUGAUCUGUCACUGAACAGACCCACGGCGGGCGACAUGGAAUCUAUCAGUUAAAGAAAAAAUAACUUGGUCACCGAUUUGAAAUUAUUGGAAAGACAGAGAGAAGGGAACUGGAAACGAGUUAAUUAGAAGAAACAGAACGCUUAAAACCAAUGUCAUGCAGGUUUCAUUAAUACUUUUACUUUUAAACCAAUAAUGACAUGUUUCCUCAAAGAAUCUGUUCAAACUUGUUCAUUUUACACAAAAAAAAAGAUUAUAAAAAGCGGACUGUCAAUUUUUAAUCCUGUAGAGCUUUUUCUUCUUGGGAUUUUCCCAGACUCGAUUGUUUUGUCGAGACUGACGUCUUGGUGGUAAUCUCCAGGAAGCUUCUUCGGCUUCUUUCCAUUCUUUGUAAGCUUGCCUGUAAUGAAAUAUUGCAGGAAGGAAAUUAGCAAAGGUUAGUUGGGAGAGAAAGCAUUUGUCAAAAGUAGACAUAAAACGUCCAUUUGGUGACUUAGUUAAAACUAAUAGGCUGUUUAAAGAGUUUCCUACGAUUUCGAUGUAUGAGUUUGUUAAAAUACCUUAGCCAAUUGUUUUUUUAUAUCGGUUUUGUUUCUCUACUCACCGUCUUCGCCGGAUCAACUUCACAGGCCACGAAAUCAACUUAUAAACAGCCAGCACAACAAAGUUCAUCAGCAAUACGACUGAGAUUGUGUGACCAGCUUCACGCCAGGUCGAGAUAAUAAUGUGGCUUUUAAUUUUGAGAAGAUGUCCUGUUAGGAAAGGAAACAAAAAAAUUACAUCAAAGAAAUUGAAACUUGAUUUGGCCAUCUCUCGAGUAUACAGGAAUAUUUCCAAGGGUUUUCACAGAGUUCGUUGGAGUAUUUCUCUCAAGGCUUUCUACUCACCGUGAACAUAUUUAUUGUAAAACUUGAUCAGAACUUCUCCCGUCUCCAAAACGUACUCAAGCGCAGGUUCAAGUGGUUUACAAUUCCUUUUAAUCGUUUUCCAUGACCAGUCCGCUAACCGUUUCGCUUCCCCCCAUGCCCACUCGGCCCACUGUUUUGAUCCAAUCCAUGCUUUCUCAGCUAGCCAUGAAGCAUUUUCCUUUGAGACGCCGUUCAACCAUUGAAUCUGAUCCCAAAUCCAUUCCGUUCCGUUCCAAGUCAGCCCUGUCAACCAUUCUGUAUAGUGCCAGUACCACUCGGCCACCCGUAAGCCUCCAUGGUAAACAUAUUCAUCCGCCCACAUCAUCGUUAAAAAAAUCCGUUCCGCCCACCUUUUCAUUCCGUUCCAGAUUUCACCGACGUAAUCUGUCAAUCCUUUCCUAAUUCUACCGAACCACUCCAACAUUCCUUUCCAAGCUUUACCGACCAAAUCCAUCAUCCAUUUCAAUGCAUUCCAAAUGUUCUUAGCCGUUGUUCCAACGCCGUUAGAACACAUAUUCCAAGUUUCAACCACUGUCGUCACCGUAAAGCUCCACGUGUUUUUUAUCAUCGUCCCCACUCGAGUGAUCAGUCCUGGUUCUUUCCGUUUGUACUCUUGGUACUCAGAACAUGUCAUAUUCCCAGGGUACUCCGGUAGUUCUUUGCACUUGAGAAUCUAACAGAUAUAAAUAAGACCGAGAGAAAAGAGGAUAAGACGAAUUAGAUAAAACUCGACGAAACAAGUAAUUGUACAGGACUUGAAACGUGGCUUGAGUACCUUUCCAAGAUUCGGUGGAUCGUUCCCAAAAGGUGGACCGUUCAAAUCUCGAGAGCCUCUUUUGCCGGGGAAAACAAGUUUCAUAUCCAGAUCCAGUGACAACACUCGAAUCUUUAUCACGUAUUCCUAUGACAAAAGGAAUGAAAAAUACGUCAACAUUCACAUUAACCAUUGCCCUUUUUUUUUGAUGCACGUCCUCGUGAAAGACAUCCUAUUAUUAUCUCUUCGAUUGUCCGCAAUUUGAAACCUCAUGAAGUUUUUCAGAAUUUUUCUGAAAAAAAACCAACCUUAUCGUUCCAAGUUCCGACCACGAAGGUUUCUUCGUUAAAAUCUUCGAAAGGUAGUUUUUGCCAUUCAAUGGCUUGAAAAUUAUCUAGGGAAAAAGAGAGAACAAAUAAAUCACCAUCCUUUUUUAUAAUUUUGUUUCCUAUUGAUCUAUAACAAAAAAGUUUUCCAAGCCACAUAUGUUGUUGAUUUUUUGAGUAACUGAGAAGUGACCGUUAUUGUUGCACUUCAAAAAUAUACUGAUUAAAGCGCGUGUGCUUGGUGCGUACACGCUAGUCAAGGGCGCACUGCCCAGCGGAUGCGACCAUGGCAACCACGAACUUGUUAACUCUUCCGAUGAAGUGUGAAAAGGUUUUUUAAAAUGCCCCAUCGGUAAAGCUUUCAUUUUUAGAUUCCCAUGUCUGACACGCUUUGAUUUUAGCAAAUGUUAACUUAGUAAGUCCUUGCGUUGUAGGGAAAAGUGAAUUGCUUGCCGUGAUAGUGAAAACUUUUUCACGUAUUAUCUGAUGCGACAUUUCGCGGGCGAAAGAGAAGUUACACCUUUGAAAUACUAGUAAAACAAAGCUGAAACUUACCCUCUUGUUUUAAAGCCUGUGUAACCGCUGUCAAUUGAAGCAAAAUUGCAAACGCAACGAUCAAAAUCACAAUCCUCAUUGUUACAGCGCGCUUUUCCUCUCACGAAAAAAAAACCGCACAACUUCGAUCUGAGAAACAAAGCGAAGUGAUCAUUUGACGUCACAGUUACAGCUUAUGACGCAGCGUGCGCGUGAAAAGUUAAGAAAAGUCGUUCCAAGGCUCUUUCGUUUCCUUUUUUUCCUUCGUUUGUGAUUCUAUAGUUAUGUUUGUUGAAUUUUUUUAGAGUUUCGUCGGUAAAACGUUCAACUUUAUUCUCGUGCGAAGUAGAAUUUUAGGCAUUAACAAUACGACAGUCAAGAUAUAUUUUGAUUUGGAUUUCCUGCGCUUGCGACCAUCUGGUUUUUUCCAGCACUUCGAGCUUAGUACAUGUCUGCGCUCGCUUUUCUCGGGUUCAUAUUUUUCUCGCGCUUUCAUAAGUAAAAAAUUGUUUAUUGGUGUUAUGUGUUACUGAUAAAGCGCUCUGUAUUGGUAGCUAAUCGGCUUCCCCCUGACUUACAGUUUUCAUAUUUGCUUUCUAGGAGGUAGCUGAAAUAGUUCGUUUAACCAGCAGUAACGAAUGGUCCGAUAGACGGGAUGGUGUAAUUUGUCUGCAAGGUUUCCUUCUUAACUCGGGAGUUCUCAGGUGUGUCCACUGCUUUUUGUUUUUUGAUAUAGUCAUCUCAAUAACUCUUUGAUUUGCUUCUUCGUUUAAACGUUACUGCAUUAGGUUGUAAUGAGUUUAUCUAUGUUUCUUUCUCAACAGUCAAAUAGAACUUGGACGAAUAAAGGACUGCCUCACAAGAUUGUUUUUCGAUCCACAUAAUAAGGUAAAAUCAUUUUCUCUGUAAAUUUUCGCCGUGAUUUGUUAACAAAUAACAUUUACUAGAUGAGUCACAGGUUGCGACUUAAUCACGUGCAAAUACAUCGAACUCGUCCUCUUCCAAUCAGAUUUUACUUACCCACAAUUCGAUCACAUGCGUCUUGCAUGGUACGUGAACCAGAUUUGUGUUGCUGUUGGCUCAUCGUGCGGUUUGCGUUGACUUUUUUUUUUUUCCUUUUUCGGAAAACCUCCUUUAUUUUUCUUGCUGAAAUCGCUUGAUUUUCUUGCAGGUUUACAGUCUGUUUCUGGACGCGUUGUGUGACUUUAUAGUCGUAAACAAAGUCGAUCUCCAUGACUGGCUGUUUGUUCUGUUGUCACGCCUUCUCACCAAACUCGGUACAGACCUGUUGAGUUCGUUACAGUCUAAAGUGGUCCGAGUGCUGGAUGUGAUCAGGUAAGGCUAAAGAGAGAUAUUCUGUUCUCGUUUAGAAUGUGUUUUUCAGUUCUACAAUUUCAUCGGCGAAAGAUCCAUUUUGCAGUAAUUGAUGAUCACUAUAGUCUGAUUGGCAUUUUUCUCUAAAUGAAGCACUAAACAAAACAACCAAUCAGAUUUCAGAACAUUUUUUAAAUACCACUGCUCACAUUUCCGGAAAAUUCUAAUUUUGUUAAAAAAAAUGGACGUGAAAAAUACUUGCGAUUUCAAAUAAAGUCGUACCCAACUCAGAUCUGUUAUAAUUGCUAAUGGAGUUUUGAUUUCUUUUGAUCAUCAGGGAUUCCUUUCCAUAUGAUCUUCAGUUCAGCAUUUUAACAAGAUUCAUCACUGAUCAAACUCAGACGCCAAACCUUAAGGUAUUGAUAUCCACAAAUUUUUUUGUUACUCUUUGGCCGUCGUAUUUCUUUGUAAUCUGCUUUUUUUAACGUUAUUACUUGUGUUUUAGGUGAAAAUAGCCAUUUUGCAAUAUUUACAAGGACUUAUCGGCCUGAUGGAUCCUAGCGACUUCACCAACUCUGGUGGUAUCCUUUCAGCAUUUUAAACUCAGUUAUGACAUUGUUUCUUUCUCUUCCCUUCCCUCCCCUCCGAUGUGAGUCGCGACCUUUUGACAUAUGGACUGUCGGACGUCUUCGGCAGAUGAGGUCGACUAAUCACGCGUCACCCUCUAAAGCACAUCUGCGAUUGGCUAGUUUAGACCUUCGCCAUUUUAUUGAUAUAUUCCUCAAGGGUCAGCCGUUGCACGACUACUCUGUCGUUUGGGCAUUUCUGUUCACUGUCUCAGUCGAACAGACACUCGCACGUGGAAAUCUCUUAAGGGGGGAACUCUGGCUAAGGCAUUCAGGGGUAGUUUUCACCACUGACCACUGACCACUGAACAUCACCCCCUCCCUCCAGCUUCCAUGGGAUCACCCCCCUUCCGCCAGAAAAUGUUGAGUACAAGGAGUCAAUAAAUGUGGUUACAAUUUUGUACGGUUAUGAAUCUCAAAAUAGUUUUUUUUUUUUAAUGAGGUAAUCGGAUUGUGUGGGGGGGGGAUUUCAAAGGAAACCAGAUAAGAAGAAAGUGUCUUGUAGAAUGUGAAUACGAUCAGAAUAAAUCAUGUAUUUAUUUUGACCUUAACGUGAUUUAGAAACACGUUUGGCGGUCUCUCGUAUAAUCACUUGGACCACGGAACCGAAGAGCGCAGACGUCAGAAAGGUAAACUAUUCUAUGAUGUACCAUAAAUUUGUAGAAUUUAAGACUGCUCAGAAAUUCUGGUGAAUUCUAAUGGAUGGUUUCUCAUUUCAACCCUCUAUCUAAUUUACAGGAAUCAGCAGCUGUUAUUGUAGCUCUAUUUGAACUGAACACUCCAGAAUUCAGCAUGAUGCUGACCGUUUUACCAAAGUCAUUCCAGGUAAUAAGAUGAAAAACCAAUGGUUUUUUGACAACAAUUUUUUGCAACGGCAAAUGAAAGGUUCUAAUCUCAACUCUUAAAAUUCGUUAUUUGGCAAUCCUAAAUUACUAAACUGUUGCCGAAAUUUCCUACUCGAUUUGGCGACCAAAACGACCGUUGCUCGCACUGCUGUCAACGUGCAUAGUUUAAUUAAACAAUGAAAUUUUGUGUUUAUUUUUACAGGAUGGUGCAACGAAGCUGCUCCAUAAUCAUUUAAAGAGUAGUACACAGGGUAAUGAGGUAGGAACCGUUACUUAACUUAACUGAACUGACACGUUGCAGUGUAUUGUAGCACACUCAACAUGUAUGCGCAUUUUUUAAUUUAGCACCACUUUGUUUCUUACAGCCAUUUGCUGCUGGCCGUGGAUCACCUUCGUCUGCUAGCUCUAAUUUUGAUGACGUCGAGAGCGAGCGACCACGGUUAAGACUGGGUUACAGAACACUCUCCUCGUCCUCCAUGAAAGGACUCUCUCCCGGAAAGGACGAAAACCCGGGCUCGCCUGAACAUCACACAAAGAUACCGACACCAACGAAAACAGCUCAAAGCCCUCGAGGCGGUCAGACGAGGUUUGGUUUCUCACCGCGGACAAAUGGUAACUCAGUUAAAAGAGACAACAGCUUCGAGGCUGAAGCGAUCAGCUCCAGUGAGUCCUUAGACGGAAGGUUCGCUUCGCCCCCACCGCCACACCGUGGGGAAGGCUCUUCUCAUCCACCGGAAGACGCUCCAAGUGUUUCAUCCGGGUACCACAGUGACGAUAUCGCAUCCGCUAACGUGGAAAACACUGCUCAAGCAACGGCAGCUGGCCCGCCAAACUCGAGUGGAUCCGCGGGACAAAAAUAUGACCCGAGACAAUACCAAGACCAGCAGAAUGACUUCCAUCCAGUGAGUUAAAAAAAACUUAUGGGCAAUUCUUCCUGUCAUAUUCCAUUUUGUGUUUUGUCUUUGCAAGUUUUAGCAGAGAAGUCGUAUUUUCAAACGCGCUGUUUGAAGUGCCUUAUUUCCUUUGACCUUUUGCAACGACUUGUCGUCUCAACCUUGAUAUUUCUGUUGUGAUUCUUUCUCAGGUUCCUGAAAUAAACGGUUUUCUUACCGCUGGCCGGAAGAAGAAUGGUGAAGUGGAGGACGAGCUGGAUCGGUCAUUAGAAGGAAUGGAACACAGUGAUAACCACUUUGAUAAAGGUGAAUAAAUUUAGAUUUGUAAGGUAAAAUCAGUGUACGAACCUAGAGACCAAUUUACUCGGAAAAUACACUGGGAUUCGGUGCUCGAAGUGGCUCUGAGUAUCGCUACCCUUUCCAGCCAUGGAUGGGUUUUUAGUACAUUUCAGGCUCUGCCCUUCCCCUACCUGAGGAUUUUGUCAGGUGACUUCAACAGUUCGCCGAUAGCAAUUAAUUCUCCUAGACUGAGGAAAGCACUGAGAGGGUAAUACUUUUACUUCGCUUUCCGACUGGUUCAAAACUCUAAAUGCGCUUUAAUUUCAAUCCUUCAGAUGUGUCUCUAGAACACGCAGAUGCACUCUCUCCUAUCAUGGUCCCCUUGGGGGCACCGUCGGGUAUGCAAUCCGAUGACAAGAAAGAGGCGCUGGGAGAGUUGCUGAGGAUGACCCGAGAGGACACUCCUGUGUUGUGGGAGGAAAACCUGAACACUUUGUUGUCUUUGCUCAUGAAGAAUAUCGGAGACGAUGAGGUAAUUCUAGUGAGAAGCGCCAGUUUGCUAAGUGUUCCUUAGUCUCUUAUUAUCGGAAACGCUCUCUCCCCUCCCCUUCACGUCUUGAACUUCUAGUUUCUAAUAAGCCCCUCCUACUCAACCCCUCCUUUCCCUUUCCUUGUGGAGUAGAAGUUUAUUGCUAUUCGUUGAGGAACAGGUCGCGCUUCUGUUUAAAAUAUUCUUGAACUCGGGAACCUUUAUUUGUAUCCCUUGAAUAAACAUCUCAGGUUUUGGUUUUUAGCCAAAUAUAUGCACAUUGCAUCUGAUAUUUAUUGAAUUUAGGCGAUAAUCUUGAGGAAAAGAAAGGUUUUGAGAGCCCCACGUUCCCACCGAUAUGCCCCUGCCUGGAAACUCAGGAUAUUAAUAAGCCAGUCGAGGGCACUUCGUAACAUUGCUUCAAAUCAGUAGUAUGCUGAAUUUUCUAUUUUGCUGUCUGUAGCCCGCAGUUCGACAGCUGUCGCUUCGCGUCCUGAGAGACAUGGUACGAACUAGACCCCAGGCCUUCAACAAGCAGAUUGACAAAAUGGUGGAGACAGUUCUGAACGCUCACAAAGAUGUACAAAAAGAGGUAGACAUUUAAUUUUUUUAUUUUAUUAUUAUUUUUUUUACAUUAUCACUCUUAUCAUUAUAGUGAUUUUUUUUAUAUUCAUGGUUUUCUCACGAAAACGUUUCUAUGAUCCUCUGUUCUAGGUUGCUCGAGUGGCUGAAGAAGCUGCUGGGACGAUCGCCAAGAAUCUUCCGCCGGAAGUUUGUCUUCAAGCUUUGUCACCAGUCCUGCGAGAAGCUGAGUUUCCCGUCAAUCUUGCAGCUCUUAAAAUGGUCAUGAAGGUACAAUUAUCGCUCAUUAUGUCGCGCAGUGUCACGGAAUUCCCCAAACUACAAAUAAUUCAAAGAGCAUAUAGCUCACAACCAUUAAGGAAUAAAUUCGAGAAUGCUAUGUUAUGGAAGGUUUGAAAUAUGCUACGACUUUUUUUUGCCUAAUUUUUUUGUGUGGUUCCCCAAUCUUCAUUUACUUGUUGAAAUAUUCCAGACAAUAUAAAUGAACCUUUUUUUUUUGUAACGUCGUCACACAUGAAUAUUACGGCCGAGAAAUGCUGUAAACGUAUGGAAAACUUAUUCCAUGUAGUUAUUUCUAUUAACCCAUUAACCCCUGAGAAUGACUGGCUUCUUAUUUCUCCUGACGGUAUCACCCUUGAAUCAAGUACAAAAGUGAUGAGAAUUAAGGAAAGGAUCAACAAAGCUCUUUGUCAGUACCAUAGGAAGUGUAAAGAGAACAGUGUGGAGAUUAUGAAUAUUGAUAUUAAGUUUCGUCCCUUAUUUCAUGACGUCUCCUUUUUAGGUGGUCGAGGACAUUGAUGGCGAAACAAUCGAGGAGAACUUGGGAGAGAUCGUACCAGGGUUAGUCAGGGUAGGUGUUCGAAAACAUUGUAAUGCGUUAACUUUUUAUCUUAGAAGAAAAUUAACAAUGCGCGUUGAAUUGCUAUGAAUAUCGCUGUCCAACGAGGUACACUAUAGCGCCCAAAAAAUGGCGGUGAAUAUGAAAAACUACAGUUUGCGGAGAAAGAAUAGAACUAUUUUUACACCUGUUCUUAUCAAUCUGCAAUGUGUUAAUGGUGCAUCUCUACCCAUGUAAGAGGUUUGGGUUGAAAAUUCUCGAGAAUGAAAACUUUUCUCAGUCAACCCACGCAGAACUUAACGUUCGUGGACGUCAACGUCACUAAAUGCUUACAGUAAUUGACGCAAAUUUGGGAGACAUUCAACACUUCAAUAUUGUAUUUCGUGUGAGUUCUUUAGGGUUUUUGCCAAAUUUAUUCAAUGUAGUUCUGCAUUUCUGUCAUAUUCCAGUGCUAUGACCAUGUAGAGAGCAGUGUCCGUAAAGCCAGUGUGUUCUGUCUUGUGGCAAUACAUGGUGUGGUUGGCGAAGAAACUCUGAUGCCGCAUCUGGCUGAGCUCUCCGGAACGAAGGUAAAGUUCUUCUUCACUGCAGCUGUUGAUUCAUCUGUAAAUUCUCAGCGCUGCUUCUUUUUGUUUUUAUCUUUGCAUCACAGUGUUAUUCAUCCAUGUUAUUCCAAUCAUCCUACCUUUUCACUCAAAAUAAUUAAAUUCAUGAGAGGACGGCACUAAAGCAAUAUUUUUUUUGUCAUCCGUUUGUUGUUACCCAGAUGAAACUGCUAAACCUCUACAUUAAGAGGGCCCAGGCUGGCAACGGCGGAGGGCGUCCGUGAGAUCCUGGUGAUGAGUAAGGAGAUAUUUUCUUACAUUCCUCUCUCGAGAGAGAGGAGUUCAGCAGACCCAAGCCGAGUCUAGAGAUUAACUUUGGUUGCACUGUGGUCAUCACGAAUAUUAUUGAAGGUGCAAGUGUCAAAGAUUUAAGACCGAGCUUGGUGUCCAGGCUAAGGUGUUGUACUGGAUCACCCGACAAUUUUUCGGCGCAAUAAUGGGAAAUUGCGACUGAGUUCACUAUUGCAAGGAUGGCUUUCGUGUAUCGUUCUGUCGGUCUAAAGACUUUGAAACUAAAAUCAUUGGAACCCGUCAAACCACGAUGAAAGAGUCCUGGAAACUGCGGGCUUUUAACGAUUCAACAACUGUUGACGAAUUCCGUUUAACAUUUUCCGUUGACAAUAGAUCUUCUGUUGGCCAACUGACCAUUUGACAUAUUUCCGUUGUUGGCGACUAUUUUUUUUAUGUAGUAACGUACAAAUGAGUCGUCUCUCAUUGUUUACCUGUUCAGGAACUGAGUCAUAACUCCGGCAGCGCCGCGGUGGAGGCGCUUCCUUGCGCUAAAACGCGCAAGGAACGAGCUUGUCCUCUUGUAGGAGACACAUCGUUUUAAACAGCUCCCGCAUUGUAUGGCAAUCUCAUGUUAGGAAAACUACCAUAUGGGCGAACUUCAGUUAAGAAUCCUUUCCUGCUUACAUGGCUCGUUCCAUAGUGAUUGGAAUCUUUAAAUUUUUUGCAAUAUUUUAACGGCUAGCAUUUGUAUGUUUUUACCGUUUUCAUUUUGUAAUGUUACUUUCUUUUGUCAUUUCUACCGCGCACAAAAAGAUUAACUCUUGAUGUUGGCUGUAAGCUUUUGACUAAUUACCAUUGGUUGUCAGUUGCGUGACUGAAAUGAGACGUGACGUUCGGCGCGUCACGCAACACCGUGUCGGAUAUGUUUGCGAUGGAAAUAAUAUAUUUAUUUUUAAUAUAGAGUUUGUUUGGGUCGCAAUUAAAUAUCUGAUAGUUUUAUGUGUGAAGUAACAUGAACUAAACCGGUAAACAUUUAUUAAGCUUGGUAAUUCCGACUCCAAUGUCGGGAAAUGGAAAUAGCGAAAAUAAUAAAAAUCUUUAUUUAAAGGUACAGAGUCUUUUCUCUGAAAGCUCCCAGCAUUAAUAGCAC